AUGCCCGAGCAGCCCAAAUCCUUGCCCUUUCGGGAUGACAGACGCAGUAUUGGCCGAGCUGCUGGGCGAAACAACGACGAUUCAAGGAUUGAUAGACAGAUUCCCGCGCAGAGACGCUCUGAUGCUCCUCGCUCUACGCCGCGUAUUGCAACUCAAGCAGCACAACCAGGAUAUGCCGCUACCAACCAACGUCAACCCCCUUCAACUGCGACCAAUCCAGUAUUCCCUCAGGAGAGAAUUACACAGAGCUAUCAAAUUGCUCCUGGGGAACAACCAAGUUCUCGAGUCACCCUUUCAACCACACCAGGGACAUUAGGGUUUGACAGCAGUCUCGAGUUGCCGCUUCAAACUUUCGCAAAUAUCCCGAGAGGCGAUUUUGUUAAUGUCGUAAAACAUCUUCGGACGAAUUCCUCAGUUCUUAGACAAGACGCACAACCUCUUCUGGGAGAAGCGAGUCACGCUUAUCAGUCCAUGAGCCGUGGGACUAAGGUGCAAUCCAACGGCAGAAGGAUGUACGGUGAUAGUUGCGUUCAACAAUACGUGAUUCUUACGCAAUUACACCAGCGACUCCAGAAACUGGUCGAAGCACAACAUUCCAAGAAAGUGACGGCCAGAGAGUUGGCCGAGGUUACCAACCGCUACUUGGACCAGCUCCUUGACGAAGCGUCUCCUGCGAGGAAACAGCUCGUUGAAGAGUUCGACAAAAUGAGUGCACAUGUCCAGAGACAAGUGCACAGUACUCCCGCUACCAGUCCCCAGCAAACUCAGACGCAGAUGAGAACGAACAAUCAAGCUCAGCAGAGUGUCCUCCCUUUCCAGAACUCUUCGGAAAUCUCCCACCCAAGCCUUGGGGCCUUGAAUCUGCCUAGUCCGUCAGGAGGUGAUAUUGGGCAACAGGGUCUUACAACCGAAAUUUCGCGAGGCGAGAAUAAACCCAGAUUGGACAGUUCGUUUUGUCUCAGAACCUCGGCCUUCUAUGAACCGGGGCGCGUGUUUGCCGUUUUGUGGCAUGAACCCUACAGCAACAUCCCUGGAAAAGCCGGGAACGAGUCACGAAACACCUACGUGAGCGACAACGUGAGCUAUAGCAAUCGUUUUGCGGAGGGCAUCUACAGUUCAAUCCGCAGAAUGGUUGUCGUCCGACAGGACCACGGCUGCAGUAUUUGCAUUCAAAUCAAUUCCUAUGGCCAAAGAGGAUUGGCCAAAUUUAAAGGAUCGCCCCGAGAUAUCGAGGCCCAUUCCAUUAUCCAUAUGGAGGACACACUGCCUCAACAGCAACCCAGCGAACCGACAACCAACAAAAGACCCAUCGCAGUCAAGAAAACAAGCCCAGGUAAUAGGGGUCUAAAUGAGUGGAGCCGUCUCUGCUACUCUCAACCGCGUACGGUACAACACACGGUCAAGGCCCAGGACAUCGGGUUGGUGACCAAAGAGUGUCUACCCUACCUGAAGCAAUACUUCCAGCAGGCCAACGCACUCCCUCCGGGGAAUUGA